GAUCAUUGAUCAGCAGAAAGAGCUGAUGACGUCGGCUCUGUCAUCUGAUCAGCUGUGUCCAAUCACAGCUGAUCACUGAUCAUCAGGGCACUGAUGAUCAGUGCCCUGAUGAUCAAUGUAGCUCCAUCAGUGCCACCUGUCAGUUUCCAUCAAUGCCACCUGUCAGUGCACAUCAAUGCCAUCUGUCAGUUCCCAAGAAUGCCAUAUAUCAGAGUCUACCAGUGCACAUCAAUGCCACAUAUCAGUGCCCAUCUGAGUUGCCUUUCAGUGCCACCUAUCAGUGUCAUUCAGUGCCGCCUAUCAGUGCUGCUAUCAGUGCUGCCAAUCAGUGCCACCUAUCAG